AUCAGUUUAGACCCUGACAUGGACUCUUCAGUCACCUGUGGUGUUUCACAACAAGAAUAAAAUAGAAAUUGUUGCUCAGAUGACAGGAGCACUCACCCAAACAGAGUUCAGCUGCUUCUAACAGACCUCUGCAACAGUUUUUGCCUUUGGGAGGUAACCCUGUCUCAGUCUGUGCAGGAUGUCUUUGAGGACUCUGCCGCUGGUCUUCAUUAAUCUGGGUGGAGAAAUGCUUUAUAUUCUAGAUCAACGCCUGCGAGCCCACAACACGUCUGAGGACAAAUCAGAGAAAGGAGUUUGGUCAGAAAGUGACAGAAGAAGAGUUCUGAAUGACAUCGUUGGGACCAUGUUCAGUAAAUCCUUCAUGGAUGAACUCCUGAAACCUCAGCAGCUGUAUUCUCACCGGACAAUGAAAACAGUGCUGACCCGGUUAGCGCACACCUCCAUCAUGAGGCUGAACCCGGCCAGCAUGGACAGGCUUUAUGAGCUGAUGAUCAUGGCCUUCAAAUAUCAGGUCUUCCUUUGUCCUCGGCCCAAAGACCUUCUGCUCAUCUCCUACAAUCACAUCGACACCAUCAGAGAGUUCGUCAGAGACACUCCGGUGGUCAUGAACCGGGUGGACGAAACUCACAGGAAUAUCAUCGAGGUUUACUCCAGUUUAUCAGAGGGACAAUUCCAGCUUCUCAGACAAACUCUGCUCAUAUUUUUCCAAGACAUGCACAUACGGGUGUCCCUUUUUCUAAAGAAUCAGAUCCAGAAUCCCAGCGGACGUUUUGUCCUGACAACCUCAGGUUCAGUACCAUAUGGAGCAGAUGUUCCAGGACUUAUCAGGACAUUUGACCUCAGGGGGAGAGAAGUGAAUCGGAGUGAAUUCCCGCCUGGAGGAACCUAUAGCGGCCUCGUUAGAGAAGGAUCGUUUGACCUGAAUGGAGACAGAGUCCUCAGACUGGGCAGGAACCUGUACCGAGUGGAGCAUCCAGAGGAGACACAGACUUCUAGGACACCUAGUGUUCAGCCUGACAGCGCUCCCAACCCGCUGGCCAAAGAAGAGCUCAACCAGCUGGCCCGGCUCAUGGGCAGCAUGAAGGCCGAGAACAUUCCCAAAAGAGAGCCCCAGUUCCGGAUCAACCUGUUCACCACGGACCAGGAGGAGGAGGCCAGAGCAUCAGGUGGAGAGCAGGAGGCCAUGUUUCAGGUCAUCAACAUUCAGGCUGUGCAGGACGAACAGGCAGCUUCGGAGCUGGCUCGGAUCGCUGGACAGUUUACAGAUGAAGAGGAGAAGCUGGAAAAUCCCAGCAUCAAUAAAGGAGAUGACCUCCUGGCCAUGAUGGAUGAUCUAUGACUGGGAUUUCAACUGGAAAUGGAUUCAUGUUACUGAAUAUCCCAUCAUAUCUGUAUGACUUCUUUUACCUCAGUGUUUAUUCUAAGACAUGGAAGGUUAAUAAAAUAUAAAGUAAGUCAAAAUAAAAGCUGUUGCUUGAAGACUGAA